AUGGAGAUCCCCGGCAAAGACCACCCCACCGCCCCGGGUGGGCUGAGCCCCCUGUCCCUGCUCUCCCAGGGCUCGGCAGAGUCCUACACCAGCCGCCCCUCGGACUCGGAUGUGUCGCUGGAGGAGGACCGGGAGGCGCUGCGGAAGGAGGCCGAGCGCCAGGCCAUGGCCCAGCUGGAGAAAGCCAAGACGAAGCCGGUGGCGUUCGCCGUCCGCACCAACGUCGGCUACAACCCCUCGGCCACCGACGACGUGCCCGUGCAGGGCAUGGCCAUCUGCUUCGAGCCCAAGGACUUCCUGCACAUCAAGGAGGUGGGCAGCGGGCUGGGGGGGCUGGUGGCAGCCCCGGGGUGGAUCCCGCUCCCUCUCUCUCUCUCUCUCUCUCUCUCUCUCUGUGCUUCUCCCUCCCCCAGCAAAUCCGGGGACAACUCCACCUCCAGCCUGGGUGACGUGGUGACAGGGACCCGCCGGCCCACGCCCCCGGCCAGCGGUGCCCUGGACAUGCCCAGCUUUGCCUUUGACCCCGAUGAGUUAGAGGAGGAGGAGGCCUUGGAGACCCAGCGCUCCCCUAAGAGUAGCGUGAGCAGUGUCACCACCCCCCCCGCCCACAACAAGCGCAUCCCCUUCUUUAGGAAGGCCGAGCACGUGCCCCCCUACGACGUGGUGCCCUCCAUGCGACCCAUCAUCCUCGUGGGGCCCUCGCUGAAGGGCUACGAGGUCACGGACAUGAUGCAGAAAGCCCUGUUCGACUUCCUGAAGCAUCGCUUUGAUGGCAGGAUCUCCAUCACGCGGGUCACGGCCGACAUCUCCCUGGCCAAACGCUCCGUGCUCAACAACCCCAGCAAACACACCAUCAUCGAGCGCUCCAGCACCCGCUCCAGCCUGGAUGUCUUGGCCGAGGUGCAGAGCGAGACCGAGCGGAUCUUCGAGCUGGCCCGGACGCUGCAGUUGGUGGCCCUGGACGCCGACACCAUCAACCACCCGGCCCAGCUGGCCAAGACCUCCCUGGCCCCCAUCAUCGUCUACAUCAAAAUCACCUCCCCCAAGGUGCUGCAGCGCCUGGUGAAGUCCCGGGGCAAGUCCCAGGCGAAGCAUCUCAACGUGCAGAUGGUGGCCUCGGACAAGCUGGCGCAGUGCCCGCCUGUGAGUGUGCCACGCCCCGCGCGGCCACGCCCACCCUGA